CCUGCGCAGCUUCCCCAGACUCCGCACCAGCCGCGCUUCUCUCCGCCUGCAGGGCAUUCCAGAAAGAUGAGGAUAUUUGCUGUCUUUAUAUUCAUGACCUACUGGCAUUUGCUGAAUGCAUUUACUGUCACGGUUCCCAAGGACCUAUAUGUGGUAGAGUAUGGCAGCAAUAUGACAAUUGAAUGCAAAUUCCCAGUAGAAAAACAAUUAGACCUGGCUGCACUAAUUGUCUAUUGGGAAAUGGAGGAUAAGAAUAUUAUUCAAUUUGUGCAUGGAGAGGAAGACCUGAAGGUUCAGCAUAGUAGCUACAGACAGAGGGCCCGGCUGUUGAAGGACCAGCUCUCCCUGGGAAAUGCUGCACUUCAGAUCACAGAUGUGAAAUUGCAGGAUGCAGGGGUUUACCGCUGCAUGAUCAGCUAUGGUGGUGCCGACUACAAGCGGAUUACUGUGAAAGUCAAUGCCCCAUACAACAAAAUCAACCAAAGAAUUUUGGUUGUGGAUCCAGUCACCUCUGAACAUGAACUAACAUGUCAGGCUGAGGGCUACCCCAAGGCCGAAGUCAUCUGGACAAGCAGUGACCAUCAAGUCCUGAGUGGUAAGACCACCACCACCAAUUCCAAGAGAGAGGAGAAGCUUUUCAAUGUGACCAGCACACUGAGAAUCAACACAACAACUAAUGAGAUUUUCUACUGCACUUUUAGGAGAUCAGAUCCUGAGGAAAACCAAACAGCUGAAUUGGUCAUCCCAGAACUACCUCUGGCACAUCCUCCAAAUGAAAGGACUCACUUGGUAAUUCUGGGAGCCAUCUUAGUAUUCCUUGGUGUAGCACUGACAUUCAUCUUCUGUUUAAGAAAAGGGAGAAUGAUGGAUGUGAAAAAAUGUGGCAGCCGAGAUACAAACUCAAAGAAGCAAAGUGAUACACAAUUGGAGGAGACGUAAUCCAGCAUUGGAACUUCUGAUCUUCAAGCAGGGAUUCUCAACCUGUGGUUUGGGGGUUCAUCAAGUCUGAGCAUGACCAGAGGAAUGAAUGGGCCCGUGGGAUGCAGGCAAUGUAGGACUUAAAAGGCCUAAGCACUGAAAAUGGAACCUGGAGAAAGCAGAGGAGGAGAAUGAAGAAAGAUGGAGUCAAACAGGGAGCCUGGAGGGAGACCUUGAUACUUUCAAAUGCCUGAGGGGCUCAUCGACGCAUGUGACAGGGAGAAAGGAUACUUCCGAACAAGGAGCCUCCAAGCAAAUCAUCCAUUGCUCGUCGUAGGAAAACGGGUUGAGAAUCCCUAAUCUGAGGGUCAGUUCCUGCAGAAGUGCCCUUUGCCUCCACUCAAUGCCUCAAUUUGUUUUCUGCAUGACUGAGAGUCCUAGUGUUGGAACGGGACAGUAUUUAUGUAUGAGUUUUUCCUAUUUAUUUUGAGUCUGUGAGGUCUUCUUGUCAUGUGAAUGUGGUUGUGAAUGGUUUCUUUUGAAGAUACAUUGUAGUAGAUGUUACAAUUUUGUUGCCAAACUAAACUUGCUGCUUAAUGAUUUGCUCACAUCUAGUAAAACAUGGAGUAUUUGUAA